AUGUGGCUGCCAGUUUGGGGUCGUCCUUGGCAGCCACCUCGUGCUGACGGUAGACUGCAUAGCAGAGGUGCGUGGCAUGCAGCCAGGCAUGCAGGUCCGCCAGGCGGGCAAAGGCCGAGGUGUCCCUCUGCCAGGUUGCGACAGCAGCCUGCUCCUUGGCGACGCGGGUGGCCAGCACCUCGGGGUCAAACAGGCCCUCGUCGCUGGCCUCGUGGUAGGACAGCGCAAAGGGGCCGCCGAGAAGGGACCUGGUCGCCAGGCCGUAGGUCGUGUCAAAUAUGGCACGCGCUCGCGGCAUGUGGAAUGCGCUGGUGA